UUAUCGUCAUUAUAGCUUUCGAUCGUCUCGGGCCGACGUAACGAACCCGCGCGCGUUAUUCGCGAAUAAUAUCCUACUACUCAUCGUCGUGAUAAUAUAAUAUUUGGUACGGUAAUAAUACAACUAUUAUUAUUACUAUCGUAGCGGUCGCGACGCGUUUGUCGGUCUCCAUUUUCGGGUUAACCUAAUUUUGAUUUUUUUUUUUCUCCAAACGUUUUCGCAAGUUUUGGGUAACUACAGUAUCUACAGCUGAGGGUAUCAUUUUCUCCUAUAGAUUUUCCAUCCUGACAUCAUGGAAACGACGUUGUUUCUAAUCACGUUUGGCGUGCUGUGCUGCUGCUGCUUGCCAUCCGGUAACGCGUUCCCGGAGAAGGAACCGCCACUACAACAACGAAAACUACAGGUCUCUGGGAUCGAUCCGUCAUCGCUGGACGUACUGCCCGACACCGGCGCCGACAACAACAGGGAGAAGCGACAGUUGUCGUCCGUCCAAAGCAAGCUGUUGAACUUUUUAAAAGUACGCCGUUUGCAUUAUUUCGUACACUGUAGUCAGCCCUAAUUAUAUUUAUGUACCUAUAUAUAAAUUUGGUGAUUUCACGCAAUGCCGUUACUGAAAAAUUGGUGAAAUUAAUGACGGCCAGGGGCGCAGCAAAGUCUGGGAUCGUUUAAGUCGGUUAAAUUGCAUUAUAAAUUAUAAUCGGUUCAAUUUUCAGUAAUUAUUCUUUUUUUUUAAAUAGUAUAAAAAUUAAAAUUUGUGUGGCAGGGACAGGUCUCAGAAUGAAAACCUUCUUGUGGUGAAAUGUUUAAGUAUCAGAAUAUGUCUAGUUGUUUACAUUAAAUAUUUAAAUUUGUAUGAAUCAAAAGUAUACCAGGUGAAUUAUUUUAAUGGGGACACUCAUUAUUUCGGAAAGUGGUAACUUUGUUCAAAAUUUGUUUUCUAGAACAUUUAAGAAACAAGGAGCUCUACAAUUUUAUAUUUAUGUUCUUUUUGUUACCCUUACUUUUAAGAGUAAAACCACUACCUACGGCCUUUGAAGAAUAAGAUUAUACGUUUUUAUUUUUUGACUGAGCUACACUACUCGUAUUAGCAAAUAUAAGUAGACAAAUAGAUUCUCUUUGGAAUCUAUUUUAUACGGUCCUUACUAUUUUCGUCGUGAGCUCGGUCGAGCUCGUAACAAAAAAAAAAUGUUGUAAAAAUACUGAAUUAACAGAAGAAAAAAAAAAAAAUCAAUAUUAGUUAUUAAUACUAAAUUCGUACAAUAUAUAAUACAUAAGAUAUUUGGAUAGCCAUGUUUUCAAGCGCAAAUAGCAAAUAUAGCAUAUAUUUUGGGGGUGGAAAAGAACUUGACUUUGAGGUGAGCUAAACUGUCCCAAUGAAUCGUGGUAUAUAAAAUUUACUAAAGGCACCGCGAAGGGCAGUGCUAACUAUUACAACAAUUUCAGUAAACUAUUUACACGCCGUUUGGUAAAUUACAUACGCGCGUAAUGGUGGUACUGUUGCCAAAACGGACGUUUCACUUUUGCUUUUAUCUUUAUGCAUAUAAUCUACGUUAUUCGUAUUUCUGGUUUAUUGUGAUAAUAACAUCGUCAAAAACAUAUUAUAGUAUUACAUGCCUACGGCGGUAGGUAUGUGAAUUUGCGAACGAAGUAUAAAAACGGUUGAAAAAUAUUACAUUCUUACGAGCAAUUUACUGUUAACUAUAUACAGGAAACUUUUUCAAUGGGAAAUAACCCAUUAUUCCCUUGGGUAUCGUCAAAACAGUUUUUUUUUUUGUGUCACGAAACUAUUAUAUCACCUCAAUUAAGAUAACGUGAAUAUAUGAUGCCCCACGUGAUUCGACUGUAUAAACUGUUUAAAUUACCAACGUUUAAACAUAGUUAAGAAACAAAAUAAAUAAAUAAAUAAACGAAUAGAUUUCACCAUGAAAAAAUAAAAACUAGCAUUGUGCAAAAUUGUUUUUAGUAUUUCAAUACCAAAAAUACACAAAUAAUUAUAUUAUUGUUCUAGAAUCUAAUAAUUUUAAGUUUUUCAAACUCGAAAAGCUUAUUUUGUAAACGCGUAAUAUUGAAAACCAAAACUAACGUAGCACAAAUGCAAGUUCUUUUUAUUUUAUGGUGAAAAUAUAGUUUCUUAAUUAAUUCCACAUAUUUUUUUUCAGCAUGAAACGGUUUCUCUGUACAAUUUAUACACUCUGUAAAUACUUGUGAUAAUAAGACAGAACUAAUUUUCAUAAAUGUAUUUGAAAUUGAAGUUUAAUAUUUUUGAAUUGAUAAAUGUUCAUUUUUCCUACAAUGUCGAGAAAAUUGUUCUACCCAACCUUUUAAAUACGGGAGGUAGCACGUCCUCUUGAUGAAAUUGAUUUUAAAUAAACCAUAUUGUGUGUAUAACGUCGACGAUUAAUGAUAGUUGAACCAGUGGUAACUAAGCAUGGGUAAACUUGUAAAUUUAGCCGGCCGUUGAAAAGAAAAUGUAUUUUUAUACUCUUAUAAAGUUAUAGAUAAAUACCUUACCUAUCGUUUUCAUAUCAUUAAAAUAGUACAUUUUAUUAUGAAAACUUAAAAAUCGUCGUUAAGAGUCAUGAAAAUUAACCGGAAAAUAUUAAAAUAUAGAUAAUAUAGAAAACACUAAAAGUUAGACUAGAGUAAUUUCCCCUCCCCUCAAGUGGUCAAUUAAUAUCUAUUUCCCUAACAAAAAAAAAAAAAAAAAAACGAAAGGUACGUACUUUUCAUUUUCCUUUAAAUUUUUCUUUAGAAUAAAACAAUUACUAUGUAUUUAAUUAUAACAGUUAAAAUCGAAAUGAAUCAAAAAUUACGUAACAUAUAAAACAUCUUAAUUUUAGUCAACACUGAUCGCCUAACCGUUGUGUAUACUGCAAUUUAACAUACAUUUCGUAAACCACAUAACAAAUAUUUGUUAUUAAAUUGUAUCAAUGAUAAAUAGUUCAAAAUUUAAUAAUACAUAAUAUCCAAUAAUAAUAGGUAAUAUUGAUACGCAAUUAUAACUUAUAAGAACGAUUAAUUACGUUACCGUAACAGCAUUAAUGGAGAUUUUUUUUUUCACGACAACAAAAAUAUUAUGAUUAAUUAUGAUAAGGGAAUAAUAAAAAAUAUUAUGUAAUUUUUAAAAGUUAAACCAACUUAAUGUUUUUAAAUUAUUAUUUAAAUAUUAACUGAUUAAUUCUUGUCCGGAUUAUGAAAUUUGCAUAGGUAUGGCGUGGAUGUUUUUUAAUUUUGGUUACGGAGAAAAAAAUGGUCUAGAUUUAUUGCUGUAUUUUUUCUCCUUAUUUCUUUUCAUUGGAUGAAAAACAGUAAAACAGAAAAACCUCAUUUUCGGAGGAGACGGUCUUACCUACAUUUCCGACCGAACGGUAGUACUAGGGUCGUAUGAGCUCGAUGCGAACAACGAUACAAUGUUUCACUUCGGUAAUAAACGUUUCGCCGUCCAACCUCGUACAGCUCAUCGCAUUUAAAGUCAAAUGACUCAUCGAUAUACUUAAAAUAUUUGUUGAAGAUCAGUUGUAUUGUAUAACUAAAUGUAGUCCAUAAUAUUUAAAAAAACCGAUGCGUUCCGCCGCUACACCGUUCCCAAAAUAGCGGAAACAUAUUUUCAAAUAAUAUGUACUAAUAAAAAAAAAGUAAUAAUCAAACUACUUUGUUGUUCAACAAUAUUGAUUAUUGUUAUACAUAUUAUUGUCGGAGAGGGAAAAAAAAUUGUCGAACUUAAAAAAUCCUCCUCGCCGUACUCUAAAAAUUUGUUUUACAUACGGAAAUUAAACUACUAAUACGAAUUUACGGCGUUUCAUUUUGUAUGUUACGAAUUAAAAAUAAAAAAAACGGACGGACAUAAUUCACACGUGGAAGUAGCCACUAUUGUAGGUGGAAAGUGGGGAAGGUAAGAUACAGACGGGAAUUUAAUGUAUAUCUAUAAGCAACGAUAAACCAUUGCUAAUGAAUAAACGAUUCUGAGUGGAAUUCAGUUGAUAGUGUAGCUCUGUCAAUAAUAUGUGUGUUAUAUUAUGGUAAAAAUGAUUACAACAAUGAACGUUUCCAUGACCACAUUAAUUUAUUAAAAUUAAUAAUCAAUAAUUAAUAAAAUAAUAAAAACUUAAUAAUAACCAAAAAUAAAUAAAAACGGUUGCCAAUGACAACCUGGUUUUUCUCAUUAUCACGAAUAUUAAUGAAAAUUUAAAAAAAUGAUCUCUUUAAAAUAUCACCCGAAGAACAUUUCCAUUCAAAAAAAGGUAUCAUACUUAAUAAUCGGAGUAAGCUUUCUGGGAGUAAAAAUGUUUACAUGAAAAAAAUAUAUAUAUAUCAUUUUAAAAGCAAUAUAUUCCUCGCUCCACUCAGAAUCUAAAAUAAAAAUUACAUAUUCAUAAAAAAUCAAAUUCAAAGUAAUUUUAGAACUUUUCUACAUUAAUCAUUAUGAAUAUAUUGAAGACGACAAUAAAUUGUUUUUUGGAUUAGCAUAAUAUUAGUUUUCAAUUUACUCGAACUAAACGGUAACUGCAGAUAUUCAAUAUUAAAAAGUGUAAUUUUUUUCACAAUAAUAUUUUUAAAAAGUGCCGUUGUUAAAUCGAUUCAACAAAUCGAUAGUCACGUCAUUUUCUAAAUAAAAUCGUGUUCUUUAGUUUUCAUAAUUGGCCGUUACACUAUAAAAUAUACUCGUUUUGUGAUCUAACGACUUUUCAAUACAAGGUUUUACGAAAACGCUCACGUUAUUGUACACGUGAAAAUGGUUUCUACCUACUCUGCGACCGAACGCUCGCACUAGGGUCGUAUGCGCUCGAAACGCGAUGUUUAAUGACGGCGGCAUUUUCCCCCGGUAAAAAGCUUCUCAUGUAUCUUUGACGUUAUUACAAUAUUUACCUGUGCUAGAAUCUACCCCGUUGAACGAUCUUUGACGGCAACGUUUUAGCGAUUAGAAUAAAUUUAUGACUAGAAAAAAAUUAAAAUAUUAUUGUAUAUAAAAUUACGAACAUUUUAAUUAAUGACCAAGGAACACGGGAAAUAAUAAUAUUAUCAAAACAAAUGUAAAGUAGGGAGAGAUGCAGUUGACGUCCGUCCAGACAGAUCCAAACUGGAUCUGCAAAUUGUUAGAAAUAAUUUUGUUUAUAAAUAAACACCGGACAUACUUUAUACGAAUAUGACUCGUGUUUAUAAAUGUACACUUUUAGAUAUUAGAUAUAGGGUUAUAAGGUUAAUAGUUUAAUUGAAAUAUACUAGUACAAUGUUAUUAACGCUGCAAACAUAUUGCAUUGGUAUCAGAUAAAAAAAAACAAAAAAACAUAAUUUAUUAAAUUUAGUAAAAUAACUGAUACGAAUAAUAGCGUUGUUAUUUCGAAGGGUUAAUCCUGUACAACGCUAAUUAUCCGUUUGCGUAAAACUUCCACCGCAAACCGUGUAUUACGAACUUCACGAUGAAAACAAAUUAAAUUAAAGGUAGUUACGCACGAAACGGCAUUUUACCUAUCGCCGGACCGAACUUUUCGCACCAGGAUCGUAUGCGCGGGGACGCGAUGUUUUGUAACCGUUUUCUGCACUUUCGACAAGGGAAACUUUUGAUAGUUCGUCGCUGAAUAAACCACUAUUUUCCCGAUCUCGUCCGAAGCCCGCCGUUUUAGACAAACCGAGUACCUACUUUAAAAUUAGAUAAAUAUGAUUCGGUACACACUGUUUAAUAAUAUGGUGUUACAUAAUUAUCUACCAUAAUAUUCGAAGUGACCGAGAGAAAUCGCUUUUCACAGUUUUAUAAGGGUAAAUAUUUUAAACCUGCGGGUGUUCAUUACAGCGUACUAUAAUCGUAAUAAUAAUAUUGUUAAUUGUAAAACGUAAACGUAUAGCCAUUGAAUAGUUAACUGAGCAUCGUGCCUACUGUUAAUUCAAUGGCGUGCUCAGCGUUUUAUUAUAUGUAAGAGGAUAUGAGGAGGAUUUCAAUAAAACUAGUUGUAGAUACAAAAUCAUUAAACGUAUUUUCAGGUAGUGUGUAGGUGAUAAUUGGUUUACUUACUCCUUCAAACAGUAAUAUUGUUAUUACAAAUAAUAAUAUGUUUCACAGUGUGGUAAUAAUCAUAAAGUAGAAUAAUAAAGUAAAUGAAAAAUAGAUUUGUAUUAAAUAUUGUCUCUAAAUAUCGAUAGGAAAAAAAAAAAAAAACAAUAAUUACAGGAAAUUCAUAAAGUAUAGAUGAAUUAUUAAAAAAAAAAAGGUCAAGAGGAAGAUAUAACACUCUCCUAUCAUGACCAUUAUUCUAAUCGAAUUUCGUUGUUGUAAAAAUUAUGAAUAUUUCGAUUUGUAGUCGUCGGGAUGGACAAAAAACGUAUUUGACGUAUCUGUUUGCCGAGUGAGUUGCGAAACAAAUAUUGAUAAAAAAAAAAAAAAAUUGCACAGCCAAUAUUACAUAUUUCACAAUACAUUUUGCACUACAGCCAAAUAUUGUGCCAUUCGCGUUUUUACCUAUUGUUCCGACUGAACGGAUGUACUGGGGUCGUAUGCGUACCGACGACGUUAUGUGUAACGGCAUUUUACCUGGAAGAUAAUGUAUCUUUUCGUUUGACCGCGUGAAGGUCGGACGACCAGGAGUGUAUGAGAAUCAAAAAUGCGUGCAUAUAAGUAUAGACCCGUUAGCUGUUAACAAUAAUUGCAUCACGACUUUUUAGUCGUGAACCAAACUUCUCGCACUCCCAAAAUGUCGUUUUUUGUUUUGUACGACAUAUUUUUAUGUAAAUCCACGCAAUUAAACUUCGCGAGUUUUCAUUUUAGUUUCUAAGCAUAGAGCGAGGAAUGUUUUGGUUUUACAAUGAUGUUUAUUUUUUUUUUUAUCUGUAAACAACAUUUCUGCAAGCAAUUUUGCUCCGAUUUGCUAUGAUAGCACAAUUUCUGAAAGGAAAUCUGACUAGGCUGGUACUUUAAGAAGAUCAUUUUUCACUUACAUCGUUGACGAAAAACGAUUCUGAGCGAAGUUCGGUUGAUAACAAUAUAUGUGUCAUAUCAUGGUGAAAUGAUUAUAACAAUAAUUUGCGUUACCUUGAUAACAAUGAUUGUUUAAAAAACAUUAUAAAAUAAUAAAAACUUAACAACAAAAAAUAAAUAAAAACGGAUGUCAAUGACAAACUUAUUUUAAAUCUUUAGCACCUAACCUAAAGCACCAGGUUUUCCUAAUUAUCUCGAAUAUUAAUGAGAAUUUCAAAAAAUGACCUCUAUUGAAGUAUCACCCAGAGAAAAUUUCCUUUCAAAAAAUGUGCUAUACUUGAUAAUCUGAGUAAGAUUUCUGGUACCUAGAAAAAGUGUUCACAUAAAAAAAAAAAAAAGACAAAAAAAUAAAACAAUGUAAGACCAAUACAUCUAUCGCUACACUCAGAAUCUAAAAAGACCAAAAACCAAAAACCUAUACGGGAAAUCAAAACCAUAAAAAUUGAUAGUGGUUUCAAGUUCUGAUAAAAAUACACUUUUUAUUGAUUUUUAUUAAACAAUUGCUUGUAUGUCUUUGUAAAAAUAUUGCAAAACCCAUAUGUAUAUUUUGUUGUUCAAUUAUUAUUGUAUAUAUUAUGUUAUAAUCGAUAUCGCUGUGUAAUAAAACAGAUAAAACGAAUCUAAUUAUUUUAUUGUAUUGAACUUUAAAUGUUUCAUGGUGCACAUCAUUGUAUUUUAUAUGUGCACGUAAUAUUGUUAGGUGUACAGUAAUAGUUCAGUGUUAGAAUUUGUCCCGUUUCAUCAUAGGUAAUCAAUGAUAAUAAUACUAUGUUUCAAUAAAUGCGUUUCAUAUUUUUAAUAUAAUAUUAAUUGUUGAUAAUAAUAGCAAACAAUACCUAAACAUAAUGAUAUUAUUUAUACUUGUCCUUAUUUAUUUAAAUAUUUUUGUAGCAAACACAUAGAUAUACGUUUUUAGCAUUAUGUAUUGUUAUUAUAUAAAUUAUUUUCUUUGUAGAAAAAUUUCUUACCUACAAACGUGUUUCGUUAUCAGCAUAAUUUUAUUUUAACAACGUUAUACGGUUUAUAAAUAGAGGCGAUUGAUAAUCGAUGUGUGAUAAAUGUGCGUUAUAGGCUACAAAUAAUAUUACAAAAAGAGGGGGAAAAGUAUUAUCAAUUUUAAUAUAUUUGUUAUCGCAAUUAUUUAAAAUUAGGUUUUUGGAUAUUUAAAUAUUUAAAAUUUGGAAUGUACUAAAGAAGCCAUCAGUAUUAAUGUGAUGUAUUUUUUCUCUCUGGUAUCACUUUUUCCUUAAGUAAAAAUACUACGGUUCCUUAGGUCGUAAGUACUUUAAAAAAUAUGUAAAAUUUCUACCCGGCGGUACUAUAGGUAUUUGAAAAUUAUUUGUCUAGAUACCCAAAAAAUUUUCGAAAAAAUUAGAAAAACUAAGAACAAAUAUACCGAUAUUUGUACUCUGGUGCUUCGUUUUUACAUCUUGGUUUCUUACAGGUUAUCUCUGCUAUUAGUUGAUUUGAUAGUAAUACCAAGCUUUGUUCAGUAAUUCGCUUUUAAGUUUCUAAACAUGUAAUAGGGUCCUAUCACUGGAUAGCUUCCCUUCUCAUUGUCCCUUCCCGUCGUAAAUUGUUCUCAUAUUGCUUAUUGUAUUUGUUUUAUUUAUGUACAAAUUGUAAAUGUCAUAUAUUUUUUUUUAAUAAAAAAAAAAAAAAGAGUUUCUAAACAUAAGUUUAGAAUAUCUUGAAUCCUUGUUGUGUCCACCUGUCUCUCAAAACAGUUACGGUCGUUGGUUUGACAAGGAUCAUUAUUUAGAAGGACUUUUUUUGUUGCAUGUUGAAUCUACUAGACGAGUAAGAAUGUAGUUUAAUGAUUUUCUAUGUAGUUUUCUUAAUGACUGAGUCAAAUCAAGAGGCUUCGUAAAAAGAACAAGCAGUAUAUGCAAAUAAUAGUUUUAUUUAUUUCAAUUUUGUUUUAUUAUUGUAAUUAAUUUUAAAAUAUUUGUAGAGACUUGACAUUUUGACAAAAAACGUAUAUUGGCCAUUUCUAUACGUAGUAAAAUGUUAAAAUAUUCAAAAAAUAUUUUUGAACUAUUUAUAGGCAUUUUAUAUUCUAUUUUUUUUUUUUUACGUAUUCUUUGGUAGGAGGCAUAUUAAUUAAAUUGUUUGACCAAACAGAAGAGAUUGGAAAUUUAACACAAAGUUCAUAAGUACCUUAAAUACUUAAGUUGUACUUAUAUGUAAAACAAAAAUUGUGUAGUAGUUUUUAUUUAUUAGUGUGUUAAAACCAAAUGCUGACGAAAAUCGUACAAAUUAUGAUAUUUUAAAAUACCUAUGCAAGUAUAAUAGUUAUAUUCAUUAGAAACAUACUUCGUUAGAAAUGGUUUAUCAUUGCUUAUAUAUACAAAUUUAAUAACUUUAUUAUAUUCGGUAAACUUAAAUUUUUGAGCUAUUUUUGUUUUACAUAAAGUUAUAAAAUCAAAUUUUGACGAAAAUCGUAAAUAUUAUGGCCUUCAAACAUAUAUAACCGAACUUCGCUGUAAAUCGUUUUUCAUUAUCAAGGGUUUAUCAUUGGUAACAGGUAUAAAUUAUAUAACUUUAUGUUUCCACUUUUUCCACUACUCACCCACAACAGUACCCACAUCUGUUCCCAGUAUCAACUCUUUUUUUUUUAUCAAUUUUUCCCAACUUCCAACCUUUAACCUUUAAGUGAUACACCUAACAGCAGUAUAAGCGGGUAUAAGCUUUUUAAAUAAUAUUUUUAACAAGGAUAUUGUGAGGUAUUAUUUUGAAAAUUAAUGUCAUGGUUUUGAUUGAAAAAUGUUCAUAUAAUAUUGCCGUAUAAUACAUUAAUUAUUUUUAAACUGCGUCGAUCAUAAAAUUGUUUGUUUACUAUACCCAUCAAUAUUGUAAAUUAAAUUGUAUCAUCUUUUUCUGUGCAAGGGUCAAGGCGUUUGAUUAUGUAUAGUAAUAUAAUGUUUUAAUAAAAUGAAAAUAUUCGGAUAUUUUGUUGUUACCUAUAAAUGAUGUAUUAAUUGACUAAGAUCGGAAUAGAUGAUAAAAAAAAAAAAACAGUUAAUCUUCAAGGUUUCUAAUCGAUUAAAUCGUAUAUUUUUUUAAAUUCCACCCUACCUAGUUCAACCUUGUUGAAACAUUAUAGGUAUAAUAGUAGUUUUAUUUUAAUUAGAAAAUUAAUAGGUUUUAUGAAAUUAAAAAAUGCUCCUGUAGUAUCCUAUAUUAAAUCGAUUGACCAAGUGUCUAUAAAAAAUAAAUAAUUAUAAUAAUAUAAAAACUUUUUAAAAUAAAGUCAAUUAUCGAUAGUUUUUUGUUACCAAUCAAGAUAUGAAAUAUUAUAUAUACAUAUUUAAAAACUAUAGACAUUUUAACAGUAAUUUAAGUGUAUUUAAUGAGUAGGUAGGUGUAAUAAUAAUGAGUUUGUGUGAAACGAUAUUAUUAUAGAACAAAACGAUUAUUUUUUAUUAUAUUCAAACUUUAGUUGUUUAGAUUUUAUUAAGCUAAAAAAUAAAAACAUGAGUCACAAGUUAUAUUACUUAAAAAAGACUGUUCUAGGAUAAUAGGGACAUGUGCAGCCACUGUUAUAGGUGGGAAGUUGGGAAGGUAGAAUACAGAAGAAACUUUAAUGUAUGUCUGUAAGCAACUAUAAACCAUUGCUAAGGGAAAACCGAUUCUAUGCGGGAUUGAAUUGAUAGUGAAGCUUUGUCAACAAUUUAAAUGUUACAUUAUGGUAAAAUAUUUGAGUAGGCAUUAUAUAUUUUCUUUAAUAAUAUUUGUUUAAUAUUACACCGAUUUUCUUGUUUUUCCUAUUUUUUCCCAGUUUUCCUCAGUUUCGUCCCGGUUUUUCAUAUUUAUUGAAAAAACUCUUGGGAAAAUGAAAAAAUUACCUCCUCAAAGUACCUCCACAGUCCGAUUUCCUUUUAGAGAUAGUGCAUUGUAAAUUCAUUGUAAAUCGGAACAAAAUUUCUAGUAAAAAAGUUGUCCAUAUGGUUUUACAUCUUUGUAACUAUAGACGAUAAGCUUAAGACAUAAGCUUAUCACACAUUGUUUUCAAGUUUCUAAAUAAAAUAUAAUCUAUUAUGACCAUAAUAUACGCAAUUUUUCGUUAUACGUAGGCAACGUGUUGAUUAACUGCACGACUACGGCGAAAUGAAAAAUAUAUUAUUUAUAUACACGAUAUCGCUUUGUACAACGAACUAUUAAUAUUCGUAUGAUUAAAACAGAAAUAAUAUUACGUUAUCUGAAAAAACCAAUGUCCGACUUACACUGUCUACACGUGUUAAAUUGGUUACAUUAUAACUUCUAUACUCGUAAUAAUUAGUGCAUGCGUAUAAUAAUUAUAUGAUUUAAUACAAGCGUGUGUAGUGCACAUUUCAAACCGGCGCUAUAGGUGGUACAGUUACGAUUUAUUUAAAAAUUUUAAAUGUAAUUCGACCUAAACACUAUUUUAAUGAUCAUUAAAUCAUUUGUUCGGAUUUGUAAACACGAUAUUUUUAUUUGCACCCCCCCCUAACCUUAUUAAAUGCAUUUUUAAUUUUUGUCCUAUUGACUCAAAAACUGUACCAUACGAUUACCGCUGUAUCAAUUUUACAUACUAGUAACCAUAAAAUGUUGAUUUAUAAACCACUAAAAUACCUCAUAAAAUCAAUUUGAAAAUUUACGUUAUAGGAUUUGAGGAGGUGUUUAAAUGGAAAUGAUGUGGUUAAAAAUCUGUGCACAUGAUAUUAUAAAAAUUACUGACAUAAGUAUUGGAUCGAAUGUCCAAUAUGCGGGUGCUAGCGUCCCAAAGUUAACAAGACGAAAUCCGCAGAAAUUUGUUCGAAGUUUUUAUUAUGACGGUGACAUAUUCUUUUUGAAUACAAUAUUACUUUAAAUGUUUUAAGUUUUUUUUUAAAUAUCAAGGUUGGGUGUAAAUGGCUGCUCUUGACCACACACCUCUCUACGUGUGUCUAUGCCGUUUAACUAAUUUUAUAUUGUUUAAUAGAAAGACUGUUGGAAAACAAAUUAUUCUUGCGGUUUUUUACGUACAAAAAUAUUAGGUAGGUAUACAUGACAAUUUUUGAACGAUUUAAAAAAAUAAUUUUAUAAAAUUUUGUUGUGUGUUUGAUAUAUUUUGUUCGUGUGUAAAUACCUAUUUCUCUAUAUUUACAACGGAUGGCAAUAAUAACAUUGUAUGUGUUUCGAUUAUCGUUAUGUUACAGCCGUUGCCGAUAGUCGACGUGACCAAAGAAGAAGAGAAAUAUGGAAACGACGGUGACAAAUUCAACAGGUUCGGACGGAGUUUUAUUGAUGGCGUGGAAACCGUGUCCAGUGUGGUGACUUCGGCAUUAUCGGUAAUGCAUAUUAAAAUAAUAGUAUACUAUUCUAUGCUUUAUAAAUUAUUCAUUUAAAAACGUACCAACGUUAAGUAUUGCUAGGGCAGAAUACGUUAACGCGAUUAAAUUAAUUUACUGAUCCUCCGAGAGAUGGACUCAUAAAAAAAAAACCGAAAGACAUUACAAAAUAGUUAAUUCGAUGCAUACAAGUUUUUAAUCCGACAUCCACUCGUACCUAUAGAGAAAAUAAAUGUCAUUUUGAAAACACGUUUACCUUGUAUAUUAUCGAAAUAAUUUGGUAAUUGUUAACUAUAGUGUAUAUUAAAACAGCGGAAAUGUAGUGGGCCUAUUAAAAGAAAAAGGAAAAAAAAGUGAUCGGUGAUAGGUAUCAUUGACAAUAUCAACAAAUAAAUGUAUUUCGUUUAAGAUUAGCUAUAGACAAUACAAUUUUUUGGUUUCUCAGUCUCUGAGUGUAAUAACGAUAUCUAUAUAGAAAAAAAAAAAUGAUAGGAAUAAAAAGAAGAAAAGAAAAGGUAGGAUACAUAAAGAUAUUAAAUUUAUAUCUGUAAACAGCAAUCAAUUAUUGCUAACGAAAUACCUACGAUUUAAACGAAAUUCAGUUAUGCUUGCAUAUUUUUUAAUGCCUUAAUUUGUACGAUUUUCGUUAACAAAUAUUGACGAAUGAUUUAACAAACUUGUAAAAAAAAAAACGAAUACAUUAUGUGCUCAACCUUUUUAUUUUACCACUAAAUACAAUAUAUAAUGGACAUUCUGUUUAAUUUUCGAGCAUUUCUAUUGGGUCAAAUGAUUAUUUUUAAUUAGUAUCUACUAAAUAAAAUUAAACAAAAACUAGAAAAUAUAAAUUCCUAUUAAUACAUCAAAAAUAAUUGUUUCGAAUAUUUAACCGCGUCUAAAAAAACUUACAUAAGUAAGUUACAUUUCUCCUAUGUUUUUCCUGGUUUUGCUAAAUUAUAAAGAAAACUGCUUAGAAAAUUAAAAUAUGACCCACUCAUUCACUAACUGAUUCAAAAUACAUUGAGAAUAGUAUCUAGUCCUUUUUUAUUGAAGCUGUUUUUAGUAUAAAACAUAAAUCGUAAAAAUGUUAAACAUUAAAAUUGGUAAAGCAGUCCUAAAUUUGUCCGUUUUUUCUGUACAUUUUUCUAAUUUUUCCUAAUUACUAUGAAAACCUCUUGUAAAAUCAAAAAAUUACUUUCCCAUCUGUACCAAUAAGAUCCAAAUCGAAAUAAAAAAGGUCUUGGCAUUUUUCGAUAAAAGUAAGUUUUCUGGUAGAAUAAAGUAAAUGUAACUUACAGAUACAAUAACAAAAAAAAAACCAUACAUCAUAAUGAAACAAAUGAAUUCACCGCUCCACUCAGAAUCUAAAAAUCAUAUUUCUAUCACAUAUGGUUUAGGUUCCAUAAAAACCAGUAUAAAAUUACUAAUUAUUAUUAAAUUGGUAUUAAAUAAAAAGAUGAUUACAUCAAUAACCCUUAAAAAAAAAAUAAAAAAAUACAUUCACAGUUAAUGAGAAAAAUAUUAAAGUGAAUAAAAAGAAUUAAAUAAUACAAACACUCCCGUACUAAUAACUUUGUUUUAAAAACUAUGUACAUGUUUUUAUUUAUAAGAUUAUUAUAAAAACAUUUUUAAGAUAAAAAUAAUGUUAUUUUAUACGAGGACAGUAAACUUCUUUAAAUAGCUAUUAGCCAGUUUGUGGACAAUUUUAAGAGAACAUCACUCUUAUUUAGAAAAAAAAAUAUGUUCUGAGAGUAUCGAGAAAUGUAUUGGUUUAAUUGUAAUAUAAUUAUAUGUUUUUUUUAAAAUUUUGAACUUAAUGAUUUGUAAUGGAUUUGAAGCAUAGCGAGGGAUCUAUUGGUUUUGCUAUGAUAAGUUUGUUUUUUCUUUUCGUGUGUCUGCGAAGAACUUUUCUAGUAAGUUAUUUGUUUUUUGAUUUUCUCCGUAGUUUUAUUAAUAAUUAGGAAAACCAAAUAAAAACGUAAAAUAUGAAAACUGACAGGCCGUUACGAUUUCCUUCUUUUUUUAAAUUUCUGUGGCUUAUGUUUUCUACCAUAAAUAUUGAUCCAAUAAAAAAAAUAUAAAAAAAUCUUUUUUGUUGAUUUUUAAACUAAUUGAUGGCUAAGAAAGUCGUUUUUUUAUUUUCUUUGCAGUUUUUUGAAUAAUUGAGCAAAACCGAAAAAAAAAUUAGAAAUAACCGGAAAAUUUAGGAAAAUAAUCCUUUUAUUAUUUUCAAUUAUGUUUUUUCGUUGUAAUUCAGGUAACUAAUCUGUAUACAAAUAUAAAAUAAUAUUUGGUUAGUAUAGUAUUUUUUUUCAAAACACGUAUAACCGAACUUCGAUCUGAAUCUUUUAUUGUUUAUCGUUGGUUACAACUUAAAGAUAAAACUAAAUUACUUUGUGUUCCCACCUUCCUUACUACCGACCUACAAUCCGCAUCCACAGCUCUUUUUUUUGUUUGAUUUUUUGUAUUUAUGAUCAACUUUACAAUCCAUAAGAGAUCUUUUUUUUUGCAUUUUUAAUGUAGUUGGUUAGUAAGAAAGUCGUUUUUUGAUUUUUUAUAUUGAAUAUAAUAUACUAAAAAAUGUAUUAUUAUUAUUAAUAAUACUUUUUUUUUCUAUUCGUUGCAACUUUUCUAUUAAAAAUCUGACUCCAAUAAAAAAAUUACACUAGAACUUUUUUUGCAGAAUUUUGGAUCUUCUUGUUGGGAAAGGAAAUAGUUUUUUGAUUUUAUUUGUAGUUUUACUAGAGAUUGGGAAAACGCAGGAUUAACGUAAGAAAAGCGAGAGAGUUUACGGAAAUAACCGUUUGAUUAUUGUUAAUUUAAUUUUUUUGUUGAAAUUCGUUAGGAAAUAAUUAAGAUAUCAAUGUUAUGUACGUGAUGUACAAAAUAUUAAAAUUAAAAUGUGAUAAUUUUAUUGUAAUCAUUUUGUUCUUAUAAGAAGUUUAAAUUUAUGUUUUCACGAAUACAUGAAUAUCACGAUAUUUCAUAAUAUGUUUAAUCUUACUUCGCCCUGAAUCGUCAUUCGUCAGCAAUGAUUUACUGUUGCGUACAGUUACAUAAAUUAAAUACCUUAAUGUAUCCUACUUUCCAUAUUCCUACCAAUUAAUUUUGAUUUAUUUGGUAAUAAUACUUUAGAAAAGUGGAAUUCUACUGUUGUAGAGCGUUCUCUUUAAAUUUGUAAUUUGUGUAUAAACACUAUAAAUUUCAUUUGGCGCCGCAAUGUAUGUCCUAUGUGACGCAAUUCUGUUAUGCUGCCGUUAAUAUAAUUAGACUGAAACAAUAUUAACGCGGGUGUGGCUUAUUGGGUAACAUAAUAUAAUAUUGUGAUUAAUUUGGUUGCCGUUCAUAUAUCAUGUUAGGAGUUGUUUUUAUUAAAUGACCACUGAUGAGUUGAGAUUUAUCAUAGAUAGUUUACAUAAGUAGAUAAUAAAAUAGAUAGUUUAGAUAGAUAGGAUAACCUUAAAAAAAUAAACGAGCGUAACAAUAUAUUUUUUUUAUUUAUAUAGCUACAAAUAAAAAGAUUAUUGUUAACAUUAUUCAGCUAAUAAUUGACCUUUCUAUUUUAAUGUAAUAAAUAUCUAUAAAUUCAAUAGCACCAAGUGUGAUGAUGGGUUUGGGUAUUUCGUAAUUUACCUACUAAUUAUUAAAAAAGUGAUUUACACGUUCGAAAAUAGAGAUCGUUAUUUGUGUGUUGUUGCGAGACUUUCAUAAAUUAUUAAAUAGGUCAAGUAAAAUAUAGUUACCUACCUAGUUAUUUUAGAUCCUGAGUGAAACGAGGAAUGUAUUGAUUUAACAAUGAUUUAUUUAUUUUUUAUCCUGUCAUAUAAACAUUUCUACCAGAAAUCUUCGAUUAGUGGCCUUAUUUCUGUAAUAGAAUAUCUAGGUGGUGUUAAGAAAUUUCAUUUUUUGAUUUCCUAACCAGUUUUCAUAAUAAUUUGGAAAAACUUAGAAGCGGGAAAAUUUACGAAAAUAAUGCUUUUAUUGUUUUUAAUUACGGUUUUUUUUUUUUUUUUUUAGUAAUUCAGUUCAAAAUGUCCGUAAAGACUUAAAAUAAGAACUUAUACAUGCUUUUUACGUCCGUGGUAAAAUAAUCAAAUCUCUAGAGCCGUUUUUGAACAUUUAUAGACAUUUUAAUUUUGCAAGUUUCUUAUAACAUUUUUAUUCUAUAGAUACUCUGUUAGAACAAUCAGAAAUACUUGGAAAUUAAACAGAAAGUUUAUUAUAAGUUGUACUUUGUGUUGAAUAAGAAAAAAUUGUGUUUAAUUUAGUAUUUUUUUUAAAGAAUUUUAACAAAAAUCUUAAAUAUGACAGCCUUUUAAAACAUGUAUAACCGAAUGCCACUUACAAUCGUUUUUCGUUAAAAAUGAUUAAUCGUUGUAAUCAGAUAUGCAUUAAAUUCCUUUAUAUAUCCUACCUUUCAUACUUCUUACCUACAACAGCUGUGGCCCACCCAACGUGCGAAGUAUACCAGUGGUUUUUAAAUUAUUAAUUUACAACCAUAAUAUUAUUAUCACGUCAAAUUAAAUGCAUUUUACUGUUUUGACAUAUUAAGUUGAAUAAGACGAAUAAGUUGUGUAUAAAUAUACAAAAUGUAUUAAAUAAAUAAUAAAUUAACGUUUAUAUUUAUGUAGGUAGAUAUCUUGUUUUUGUACAUAUAUAUAUAUAUACCUAUUCUGUACUCAUAAUAUUUAUUAAAUAGUAAACUAAAACAUUAUUUAGUUAUUUAGCACGAUUUUGGAUUAUUUGUCUAAAACUUGCAUUUCCCAAAUGUAAUCUAUAGCUUCAUCAUUUUAGGAAUAUAAUGUAAAAAUAGUUACAGCAACGUUUAUGAAAUUUUAUCAAAGAUUUUUUUUUUUUUUUUUUUAAUGCCAAGGGGCUUUAUUAUUUAAACGACCAGAAGGUCUUAAAAUAAAUAUAUUUAUAAAUAUCGUUUAUUCAUAAGCAAUGGUUUAACAUUACUUACAGAUGUACAUUAAAUUUCCCCUCUACUACUUUCCCAACUUUUCAUCUAUAAUAGUGGCUGCAUCUAUGGCAGCUUUUUAUGUGUAAGGCACUACAAAAUUCGUGUUUUUUUUUUAAUGUGGUAUGCUACAUUUUUUAAUAAUAAUACAACUUUUUUAUUUGUAUCAAUCUUAUAAAAUUUAGUAACUUAAAUUAUUAGUUCUUACAAUAAUACAACAUAACGUCAAUUUAUUGACAUUUGAAGUUUCCGAUUAGAGAAAAAGAAACUAAUUAGGUAUUAAAUAUUUUUUUUUUUGUUAGUCUAAAUAUCAUAACUACAAAACUUCAUUAAUUUUAUUUUUGUUUACGUAGCGAAUUUUGCGCCAUUAAAAGUCUUAUCGUUGAAGUGUGAUAUUUAUUUGUUGCUAUUUUACGCCCGUGACAGACAAAGAAAACAAAUGUGUAGAGACCCAUACAACCUACUUAUAGAUUUCUUCGACUUAACACAACAUUAUAAUAUUUUAAUAUCGAUAAAUAAUAGAGUAUACUUGUAAAAAUUGUUCAUUAACUCGAACACUUGUAAUAUUUUAUUUUCAGUUUCCACUGGACACCGUCAAAAAAUUGUCCCGAAAGGCUAACGAAGCGUUAAACAAUGUAGGUGGAAGAAUAGUGGGAUUGCAACGAUAACGCGUACAGCUUAAACAUAAAUAUUAAUAAUAAUUUAUAAUGUAUUUUAAUUAUUUUUAUGCAUAUUAAGAUACGAGGGUUACAGAAUUUUUUUUUCUCUUUUUAAACAAAUAACUCAACUGUUAUUUUAUUGUUAUAAAUAAAAAUAAUGUAUUUACAAAUUUAAUAAUAAAUACUUAUUUAAAUAUAUGUAUACAACUAUGCACUAAUCAUAAAGUAGAAUAUAUGUAAAUGAUAAUUAUAUACUUCAAUAAUGUAAAUUAAGCAAUAUUAAUAUAUAUUUGUUGUUUUUAAAUAAUGAUAGGAAAAAAAAAUAAAAAAGAUAAUUUUUUAUUGGUGAG